UCCAGUCUUUAUAUAGAGAUCAGUGGUGUGACCUCGUAACGUGGACACGUACGACCAUGGUAGGCCUACACGUAGGCCCUAUUAUAUUUGUGCAGGGCGAGGGUACCUCUAUGGUGACCAAAAGAUGGCGUCGACUUUAAGGACUUUAUUCCACGAUCCAGACUACUAUGUGAAGUCUUUCCAUUGUUACGCUGCCCAAUGUGACAAGUUUAGCUUGCUCGCUAGCUGGGGCGAACGUGUGUUUGGCGAUGCGGUGGUCACCAAAAUCAAGACCGCACUUGGCGACAAUGAGGAGUUGCGAGUUUUAGGGGUUGGAAGUGGAUCAGGUGAGAUGGACGUCACAAUGUUGACCAAACUUCUGCAGCGCUUCCCACUCAUCAACAACCGUGUAGUUGAGCCAGCAGAGGGCCAUAUAGCAAUGUACAAGGCACUUGUACAAAGCAAGGCUCACGAGCUACACGGUGUGAAUUGCGACUGGCGGCGGCAGACAAUUGACCAGUACGAGAAGGCGGGAGAUUUGACCAAGUUUCAUUUCGUCCACGCGGUGCAGUCUUUGUACUACGCGGAAGAUCCCGAUCGCUCAUUGAUGUAUCUUUACAACCUCGUGGAACCCGGCGGAGUUUUGCUCGUGACAGUUAAUUCAGAGAAAAGCCAGCAUUGUCUCUUCUGGUGUUUUCAAGACGACCUGUUUAAACACGUCACCACAGCCAGCAUCCGGGACUCUUUGGACAGACGAGGCAUCCCCUACGCAGAGUACGCCCAACCCUCGCGCAUCGACGUCACCAAGUGCUUCGAUCCAUCGUCAGAAGAGGGCGCCCAAGUGCUGGACCUAAUCACCCACAUCAUCAAGUUCAAGGAGACGGCGUCUGCGGAAUUACAAGCGGAGAUGAUGCAGCGACUUGCUGAAUGUUCCGAGGCGCAUGGGGACGGGGCGUUUGUGAGCAAUGACUGGGAUGCGGUUGUCGUCAGCAAACCAGUGGAUUAAAUCAUAGAGCAAACAGGCCUUCAUAGGCCGAUGUGAUUUUUGUAGACACAACAGAAACUGGCAAAAACAAUUUUUAUUUUUUAAUAUACAUAUCUUCGGACAAUAAUUAAAAAUCUAUUUAAAAAAGAUUUGUUGAUGUACCCUGUAACGUGGCGCGGCCCCCAAU